AAUAAAAGUGAAGGGGGGCUGUUAACCCAGCGGUUGUUCUGUUUGUUAUCUGCCAGGUCGCGACGGCUAAAGAUUCAAUCUGGACCGAUUUAAUGGACAAAUAAGGGGUACCAGUGCACGCCCAGAUACCACAGGAAUGGAUAUCACAAGUCGCUGCACCCUGGGUGACCCCAACAAGCUCCCAGAGGGAGUUCCUCAGCCUGCUAGGAUGCCCUAUAUUUCGGACAAGCACCCUCGGCAGACCCUGGAGGUCAUCAACCUGCUCCGCAAGCACAGAGAGCUGUGCGAUGUGGUUCUAGUGGUGGGGGCCAAGAAGAUUUAUGCACACCGUGUGAUCCUGUCAGCCUGCAGCCCCUAUUUCAGAGCCAUGUUCACUGGUGAACUGGCAGAGAGCCGACAGACGGAAGUCGUCAUCAGAGAUAUUGAUGAACGAGCCAUGGAGCUGCUCAUCGACUUUGCUUAUACAUCACAGGUGACUGUGGAGGAGGGAAAUGUGCAGACUUUGCUGCCCGCUGCCUGCUUGUUGCAGCUGGCGGAGAUUCAGGAAGCCUGCUGUGAAUUCCUCAAGCGCCAAUUGGACCCCUCCAACUGCCUGGGCAUCAGGGCCUUUGCUGACACUCACUCCUGCCGAGAGCUGCUGCGCAUUGCUGAUAAGUUUACCCAGCAUAACUUUCAAGAGGUGAUGGAGAGUGAAGAGUUCAUGCUGCUUCCAGCCAACCAGCUGAUAGACAUCAUCUCCAGUGACGAGCUCAAUGUGCGGAGUGAAGAGCAGGUGUUUAAUGCUGUAAUGGCCUGGGUUAAAUACAGCAUCCAAGAGCGCAGACCUCAGCUGCCACAGGUUCUGCAACACGUGCGUCUUCCCCUCUUGAGCCCGAAAUUUCUGGUUGGGACGGUGGGUUCAGAUCCUCUGAUCAAGAGUGAUGAGGAGUGUAGGGACUUGGUUGAUGAAGCCAAGAAUUACCUCCUGCUGCCCCAAGAGCGCCCCCUAAUGCAGGGACCUCGUACCCGCCCUAGAAAGCCGAUUCGUUGUGGAGAAGUGCUGUUUGCUGUGGGAGGCUGGUGCAGUGGUGACGCUAUCUCAAGUGUUGAGCGCUACGACCCUCAGACCAACGAGUGGAGGAUGGUAGCGUCCAUGAGCAAACGGCGCUGUGGAGUCGGUGUCAGUGUUCUGGAUGAUCUGUUGUAUGCUGUUGGCGGACAUGACGGCUCCUCUUAUCUCAAUAGUGUGGAGAGGUAUGAUCCUAAAACUAACCAGUGGAGCAGUGACGUCGCCCCCACCAGCACCUGCAGGACCAGUGUGGGCGUUGCUGUUUUAGGAGGGUAUCUGUAUGCAGUUGGAGGUCAGGAUGGUGUUUCCUGUCUCAACAUUGUAGAAAGGUAUGAUCCAAAAGAGAAUAAGUGGACUCGUGUUGCUUCAAUGAGUACUCGGCGGUUGGGAGUGGCUGUUGCUGUAUUAGGGGGUUUUCUUUAUGCAGUGGGCGGUUCAGAUGGCACAUCCCCUCUUAAUACAGUGGAGCGCUAUAACCCUCAAGAGAACCGCUGGCAUACAGUGGCACCGAUGGGCACUCGACGGAAACACCUGGGCUGUGCCGUGUACCAGGACAUGAUCUAUUCAGUGGGCGGCAGAGACGACACAACAGAACUGAGCAGUGCUGAGAGAUACAACCCUAGGACUAACCAGUGGUCUCCUGUGGUCGCAAUGACGUCCAGAAGGAGUGGGGUGGGCUUAGCAGUAGUAAAUGGUCAGUUGAUGGCAGUUGGAGGAUUUGACGGAACCACGUACCUGAAAACUAUAGAAGUUUACGACCCAGAUGCCAACACGUGGAGGCUCUAUGGUGGAAUGAACUACAGGAGGUUGGGAGGUGGUGUCGGUGUAAUAAAAAUGACUCACUGUGAAUCUCAUAUAUGGUAACACCUACAGUAUCAUCUCACAGAUGCCUCACCAUUGCUCGUGCCUCAGAGACAUUGCACAUCAUGCAAGAGGAAAGCCGGUUAAAAAAAGCAGACUUCUGUCUCCAGUUACCGAGAUGGCAAAGCAAAAAAAAAAAAGGUAACCAUCUCCAGAAAGCUGCUCUGAGGAGACUCACCUGUACGGCCAUAGAGCAUCACUCCAUUUUGAUUUGACGUUCGGUUUCUCUUUCAUACUUGAGCAUAGCCAAAGGCAACGUUUUUGAAAAGAGAAACAGCGGGAGGGGAGAAAAAAGCUGUUUUUGUUUCUCUGGAAGGAACUAAGCUUCUCCUGGUCUCAUCUUUGACUGGUUUGAAGAAGAAUAACUACAGUAACUGAAUACUGGUGGUCGUUUUUAUGAAAGAAGUGUUUCCCUGAUUGUUGUUGGAUGCACUGUGAUAUAUUUACUAUUUCUUUCGUUUUUUUUUUUUAAUGAGUUGUACACUGAGCAUUAUCUGUUCUUCUGUUUUCUUACCAGAUCUAGGCAGAUUGUUGUUUCUUUCUUUGGUGUACUGAAAAUGCAGUUCCUCCUGAAACAUUGCAAUCUAAUGAAGGCUGUCGGAGAGGGAAAAAUAAGUUAUUUUUGGAGCGCUCACAAACAGGUUUGACAUCUUAGCAAUUUGUUUACUUUUAUACAAGUGAAUGCAUCAACGAGUCAGUCCAUGCACUUUAAUCCACUAAGAAUUUUAUUCUAUUAAAAUUGUUGGUUUUUUUUCUUUAAAAAUAUUGUUGGAUGUAUUGUUUUCUGCAAGUUUGAUACCCGAGGUAUGCUAAAAAACAAAUCAAACAGGUUUCUAGUAAUAGCCUGCACAUAUGGUCAGAAAUGUAAUGUUGAGCUUGUUACUGAGUGAGGAAUUUCUCUGAAACUGCCCGUUUUUUUUUAGCAAACACUUAUGUUUUCUCAAAAACACUUCUGUGUUCUAAUUUUGGUGUUGAAAUACGGUUAUAAAGUAUAUCUUCCAUGAUCUUAUCUUAUUUAAUUAUGAAGACUGUCUAUACAUUUCAACAAUUUUAAAGUGGAAAUAAAACCUAAAGGAAUCAAAA